CUUUUGCAUCGAACUGACUGUCAAUCGACACUGUUAGAUAGCCUAUUGCGUAGGCCAUUCUGCUAACAAUCUUUCGUAGGGACGCGUUAUGCAGAUGAACAUACCAACGACACUGUUGCUGUCACUCAUUGUAUUCUGGCAAAGCCUCCAAUCGGCGUUCGGCUUUUCACUCGUGGCGCCGGACAAAUCGGUGACACAGCUCUUGCAGGACCACGCCGGGGAUAUUGCCAACCUCAAGGCCGCUGCUCAGCAACAGCUAAACCGAGACGAUGCCAUGGCGGAGGAACCCUAUUGUCAAGACGUUUUCUACCUUCGUUACUGCCUGGAACUCAAAGAUUCGCCGUCGCAAUUGGAUCUGUUGAAGCGGAAUCUGGCCUGGAGAGAAGGGCCGGGUCGUUUGAUUUGUCAAAAAGCUGUGCAGGCAGUCAAGGAAGCUACCGCGGGGGAAGGCUGGAACAACGAACCUGUCCUCGCCAAGGCCCCAUUUUCCGAGACGAUUUCAAUGUACAUCAAACCCUCCAACGUCUUGACCACUACAUCGUCGCAGGCGGAUUUGGUGUACUGCAUUCGUGCCGGAAGUAUCGACGAUAAUGGCCUCAUGAAGGCCGUAUCGGUACAGCAGAUGACGGAGUUCUUUCUCUACGCCAAGGAAGUAAACGCGAUUGUGGCGAACCAGCGGUCGGCGUACUUGGACAAGCUGUUAUGUGUUUUAACGGCCAAUGAUCUGAGUGGGGUCAAGCUGAUCGGAGGAUCGGCGGACUUUCGCAAGGCGUUGUCAUCUUCCAGCAAGACCGCCACGGAACUGUAUCCAGCCACUUCGGGACCGACUCUUUUGUUGAAUCUACCGAUUUUGUUGAAUGCGCUCGUGAAACUCUUUACUCCACUGUUCCCACCGGCAGUCAACGCGCGUCUCAAGUUUGCGCAAGGACCGCUGAAAGACCUGAACUCUCUGGAAGAGAUCACGCCACAAGGUAGCGGACGGGUUCAGUUUCUGCGACAAAUGGAUGACAUUGUCUACUAGAGAAUCAAACAUAUUGUUCCUCUACUGCUACCGUAAGUGGAAGCUAACAGUGAAGCCACUCACUGUCACACACGAUCACUGUAGGGGGACUAGUCAGCAUUCACAGUGCGAACCCAAAAUGUGAAAUAAAGUUCAAUUUCAAAUGUUUAUGUUUGGAAUUAUUC